AUGCGCAGUCUCCUUCUCUGGGGCCUCAUGGCCGGCGUGGUGCCUGGGUUGGCGCAAACCACAGUGACGGUUUACGCAUCCUCGACGAACAAGAACAAUCCGUCCGCCACGGGUGACUCAAAGUCCUCUGCCUCCACAACAGCGCCAAGUGUGAUCAUGGUGACGGUGGCUAUCGAGCCUCUCACGACGACUUUCGUUCCACCGCCGACUUGUACCGAAAGUCGACUGAGCAUGUUGGCCUCCCCACGAUAUCAGAUCUGGAACAACGAACCAGCGCCCUUAUCCAAUACCAAAGUGACCGACUGCUACCCGUCUCAGUUUAUCAAGCGAUAUACCAGCGCAUUCAACCAGUCCAGCUCCAUCGCGCCGUUGAUGAGCCCGUUGGUAUGUCCUCAGGGUUGGAUUACGGCCAGGCAAUGGGACAACGCCUACAUCGUCUGCUGUGCAAGUGGUUACCUGCUGCACCCUCCCGAGACGACAGUCGACGCGGAUCGGCCAGGCUAUGGAGGAACUUGCUACAGCCCUUUCCUAGUAGGACAGACAGCGACAGUUACUGGUUACAAUUCAACGAUGAUCACUGCGACAUUCCCUUGGGUCGCUUCGUCCUCGGCUGACCAAGCUUAUGCCCACCCAAUUGAUGGUUUUGCGAUGGAUUUAUUAGCCUCCUUGACAUCUUCCUCAGAAUCAGCAACUUCGACAUCGUCGUCGUCGUUAGCAAUAGCCACCGCCACAAACGAUAGCAGCGCAGAUUCAUCAACAUCAACAUCAAACUCGAUUUCCGGCGGUGCGAUUGCCGGUAUCGUCAUCGGCUGCCUCGCAGGCCUGGCCCUCAUUAUCCUCGCCGUCUUCCUCCUCAUCCGCCGUCGCCGUGGGGGACAAUACCCGCCCAACACACAGAUCGGAGAGCUGGGAGGUGAGCCCGUCAUGGUCUACGAACACAAGCCACCCCCGCCCGCAAAGGACUCGCCCGUACCCGUCAAGAGCCCCUCCGGCUUUGCCUACGCGGCGCCCAAGUCGAACCCGUCAGCCUCGCCCGUACAGUCGCACUCGAACGCGGAGCUCGAUGACGCGAGCACGAUAAACCCCACAGUCGCGAGCUCCAUCGUAAGCCCCGUCAGCCGGAACCAGUCGAAGCGAAGGGACAUGAACGAUAUAGAGCUCGAGGCUGCUCGGGCAAGACCGUAUGCCGAGCUUGAUGCGGGGUGGAAGGGCCACGAGAUGAGCUGA